CUUGACCAAUUGCGCUGCGCAAGAGUCUGAUGGCUCAUUUGAAUCCCGCGAUCCUCUGUGGGUAGAUGUGGUACAGUAUAGUAGGUAGUUGUAGUGAAGGGUCUGUGCGUGAGUGCGUGUCUGUGUGUGUGUGUGUGCGUGUGUAUGUGUGUUUGUGUGAAUGUGCACUCCUAGAAUAGAAAGCCAAAGGAAGAAGAAGAAGAAGGAGAGGAGGAGAGGCGGAUCGGUGUGUGCCUUGUUGAAAUCCAGGGUGAAGCAAACAGAUAGUCUGUAACAGAUCCAUCAGCACUUCGCGCUCCCUUUGUGGAUUUGAUGGAUGUUUGAUCAGUGGAUGUGAUGCCCAUAUAUAUCAUCGACCGAAAAUUUCCCGACACAUCUGGUGAGUUGAUACAGCCGGCAGCUGAAGGAAGAGACCUGAGAAUGACAGAGACUAACCCCCCAAAGUCGGCUAAGAAGCCCCGCUGGACCUCCCUGGAGAUCGGCCUCAUUACGAUUGUCUCCUUGCUCUUCAUCGUCAUCGUUGCCCUCAUCAUCCUCUUUGCCACACAGAAGACCGAUGAAAUCUGCACCACGGCUGACUGCACGCAGUCAGCUUCUCGCCUCAUUGAGAACAUGGACGCUGGCGUGGAUCCUUGUGAGAACUUCUACCAGUACGCCUGUGGAGGCUGGCUGAAGAAGAACAUCAUCCCCGAGACCAGCUCCAGAUACAGCACCUUUGACAUCUUACGAGACGAGCUGGAGGUCAUUCUCAAAGGUGUCCUUGAAAAAACAGUGGAGGGGGAAGCUGCUGCUCUCACCAAGGCUAAGACCCUCUACAAGUCGUGCACCAAUGAGAGUCUAAUUGAGCUCAGAGGAGGAGAUCCUCUGCUCAACAUGCUGCCUGAUGUGUUUGAGUGGCCCAUAGCUGUGGACAACUGGGAGGCCAAUUAUGGCAAAAAGUGGAUGCUGGAGGACGUCAUCGCCAAGCUGAAUGAGAAAUACGGCACUCAGCUCUUGGUCAACUUUUUUGUCGGCACUGAUGACAGGGACUCCAAUUCGCACAUCAUUCAUUUUGACCAGCAGACAAGCCUCGGCCUCCUGUCCAGAGAUUACUAUGCUUGCAAGGGACCCUACACAGAGGCAUGUCAGGCCUACGAGCAGUUCAUGGUUGACCUGGCUAAGCUGAUCCGUACUGACCGGAGACUGGCCAUCAAUGAAACCCGCAUCAAAGAGGAGGUGGCCCGAGUUAUGGACCUGGAGAGGGACAUCGCCAACGCUACUGAUACUCCAGAGGACCGUAACAACCCAGUGUUGCUUUACAACAAGAUGGAACUUGGUGAUCUGAACGCCAACUUCACCCUUGAGGUUGAAUCGCAGGUAUUUAACUGGACUUACUUCACCACCAAGAUAAUGAAUACAGUCAACAUCAGCGUUCCUGACACAGAGAAGGUCAUUAACUACUCCCCCAACUAUUACAGAAGACUCAACCUCAUCUUGGCCAGAUACAGCAAGAGGGACCUGCAGAACUACAUGGUGUGGCGUUUCGCCAUGAACAUGGUGGUGGGCCUGAGCAGAGCUUACAGGGACACCAGGAAAGCCUUCCGCAAGGCUCUUUCUGGUACAACAUCAGAGGCGGCUGUGUGGCGACAGUGUGCACUUUAUGUCAACAACAACAUGGACAAUGCUGUAGGACGACUGUACGUGCAGGAGGCCUUCUCUGAAAAGAGCAAAGAACUGAUGGAGGAGAUGAUUAAAGACAUUCGGGAAGUGUUCAUCAGCAACCUUGAUGACCUGACCUGGAUGGAUGCAGAGACCAAGAAAGCAGCUGAGGAGAAGGCCCGAGCUAUUCGAGAAAGGAUCGGAUAUUCUGACAACAUAAUGGACGAUGAAUACCUUAACAAUGAAUACAAAGAUCUGGGCUACAGUGCAGAGGAGUACUUUGAAAACAUCUUACAGAACCUGGAGUAUGUGCAGAAGAAACGCCUGCGGAAACUCAGAGUCAAAGUCAACAAAGAGGAGUGGGUAACUGGAGCUGCUGUUGUCAACGCCUUCUACUCAUCCAGCAAAAACCAAAUAGUGUUCCCCGCAGGUAUCCUCCAGCCACCUUUCUUCAGCAAGGGCCAGACUAAAUCUCUCAACUACGGUGGCAUCGGCAUGGUAAUCGGUCACGAGAUCACACAUGGCUUUGAUGACAAUGGACGUAACUAUGAUAAAGAUGGUGACCUGAAGGACUGGUGGACGCCAGACUCCACUCAGAGGUUCCUGGAUCUGUCAAAGUGCAUCGUCAAUCAGUAUGGCAACUUCUCCUGGGACCUGGCCAAUGGACUUCAUUUAAAUGGUAACAACACCCUCGGGGAGAACAUUGCUGACAAUGGAGGGAUACGGCAGGCAUAUCAGGCCUAUAAGAACUAUGUGAAGGAGCAUGGAGAGGAGCCACCACUGCCCGGCAUUGACCUUUCCCACGAUCAACUCUUCUUCCUUAACUUUGCUCAGGUGUGGUGUGGAACACACCGACCAGAGCAAGCUGUUAAUUCCAUCAAAGUAGAUGUGCACAGUCCAGGGAAAUUCAGGGUGCUGGGCUCCCUUCAAAAUUUCCCUGAAUUUGCCAAAGCAUUCAACUGCAACAAGAGCAGCUACAUGGUCCCUGAAAACACCUGCCGUGUGUGGUGACCUACAGACUUCUGGGAUGGGGGACAGUUCUGAUGUAGGUCCCCCUACAGUACCUCUCCCCUGUUGGAGCACUCGUGGGGGGCUACAGGGAAGUGGAAGCUCCCCUUAGCUCUCUGCUGGACGGACCAGGGCUGGUGGACUGACAUUGCAGUAUGCACUUCCUCCGAGGAAAGCAGCAGACUGUGCCCUCACGGACAGACGGGGCGCUGUCUCUCCGACUCUGAUACUGUAGUUCAUUCAGUCAGCUUGAUUAUUCUGCUACUCACUGGAUACAAUCACUCCUUACCUUUUUAUUUUCCUUCUCUCCAUUUUCACCUUGUUUUAUUCCUCACGUGUGAGUCCACCGAUGUGUGUUUGAGUGUCAAAAUACUGUAGAAGUAGUUGGCAAGAGAGGGCAGACAGACAAAUGUGCUCAAACCCACUGGCAUAUGAAUACACCACACACCCACUCAUGCUUAUAUACAUGUAACAGGGCUGAACCACUGUACUGUAUGUGGGAUUGAGCUGUACGCCUCACAUAAAACCUCAGCUGGUUUCAGCCUUCAUCUACAUGCUGAUACACGCUACAAUGUAUUCGUAAUGUAAUCUUUGUUAAUACGUAGGGUUAGAUUAGGUAAAUUAUUACAGAAAAUAUGAAUUUAUUUUGUUGAAUAGACCAGUAAAUAUUUAACCGUAAUCAGAUAUUACACAAUAAUGUUCUAUACUUCAUGUUUAUGAAUUAGCUGCAGUUGACAGGCGGCUGCUGCUCAUUAGCAGUAUGUCAAAUAAACCAAAAUGAAGUUGUCGCCUUUAAGAUGACAGUGGGUCACGAAUCAUUGAGCUGACAAUCGACAGACACCAGACCCUUUUAGUGUUCACUGAGCCUCCUGUGUGUUUCUGUACGCAUCCAUGUCUCUGUGCGUUUUCCAGUCUUUGUAAGUCAUUGUUAUCGCUGCGAGCAAACUGGUAUGCCUUACAUGAUCUGUUGUGCUACUGUGUGUGAGAGCGUGUGUGUGUGAAUUCACAGGAGAACAAAAGGAUAAGAAAUUGUGACAUUAAAGGAAUAGUUUGACUUUUUCGCAGACAUGCUUAUGUUCUUUCUUUCCGAGAUUCGGAUCAGAAGAUCAAUACCGCCCUCAUGUCAGUGCGCUAUAGCCAGCGGUCGGCUAGCUUAUCUUAGCGUAAGGACUGGAAAGACCUAGCACCUUUAAAGCUGACUAAUUUCCACAUUGCUUCUUGUUAAUUUUAAAAUGAGUCUAGUCUCUGCCAGCCGCCUGCAAACCUAUUUGUGAUAACAAAAACUCAGAACUUGGAGCUUUUGCUCUUCCAUUUUUCUAUGGAUCAAGCGAACAAAAUGUAUAUGAUGAUUGGCGUGCUUUAAAUUUGCUGUUUCCAGUCUUAAUGCUAAACUAAGAUAACCAUCUCCAGGCUGUAGCUUCAUAUUGAACAGACCGAUAUGAAGGUGGUAUUAAUAUUCUUAACUUGAGAGGGAAUAAGUGAAAAUGUUGGAACUAUUCCUUUAAGAAGUGAUUUCUAAGUUUGAUAUUGAUUUAUUCUAGCAAAGUGUGUCAUAUUACCCAUUUUUUAUGAUUCUUUUACUCAUUGAAGCAAAUGAAAUUGACAAAUGUUAUAAUUAAGCUUUUGCAAAGGAAUGUGUAUCUUAUCUAUUUUAAGCUGCGGGGUGAGUCCUUGCUGGAGUCUAAUGAACUUUUUAAAAGUGCAUGCAUUUUUAUGAAUGCGGAUGGUUUAAUGAAGUCAGUGGUCAGUUCAGGAUUCAUCGUUUUGUAUUGCUUUGUUUUCUACGUUAAAAUGUAAUUGAGGCUGUGAUGCUGGAUUGUUAAUUGUGGAAAUUUUUGCCUUUGCUUUUUAUAUAGAAAUUAGUGCAAUGAAUGACUAUGAUCAUGUGGACGCCUUCUUCAGACUGUAUACAACACCCCCCAUGUCCAGCUUUUAUACAUUGUUGUUUCCACGUGGUUUGUUCCUACCAUUGUUUGUGCAAGCUUUCUGUCUCUCUGUCUCUGUCGCUCACUCCCUCAGGCUGCCUCUCUCUCUCUCUCUCUCACUUCACCCAUAGAAAGACAGAUAUACCUCAGUUGCCUGUAUUUAGAUACUUUAUAAUAAUGACUGAUAAUCAUCUUGAGGAGCAUUUUUUUUUCUUUUCAAAUAAAUCUUUAAAUAACA